AUGAGCUGCCCGGUGACGUGCGUCGCCUGGGUGCGCUGCGGCGUUGCCAAGGAAACGCCGGACAAGGUGUGUGCGGGGGGGGGGGAUGGUGCUGAUGGUAGCAAUGAAGGCCAGACGGCAUCUGACAGACCUAAGCCUUCUGAUAAAAACGAAGAUGCGUCUGAUAAUGAACUGGAGGAGUAUGAUCUGGACAAUUAUGACGAAGAGGAAUACACAGGUGAAUUAAAACUCGAAGACUCUUUGGCUGCUUUGGCAGUAUAUGGGAACAAUGAUCAGGAUCCUUACAUCACUCUGAAAACCACUGAUCAAUAUGAGCAGGAGGACUUUUUGAUUAAGCCCACUGACAAUCUUGUCCUUUGUGGCAAAGCUGAUAAAGAUUACUGUAGUUUGGAGGUCCAUGUUUACAAUCAUGAAGAGGACUCAUUUUAUGUACAUCAUGAUAUUAUCUUGCCAGCUUACCCUCUGUGUCUGGAGUGGUUGAAUUUUGAUCCUAGCCCUGACGAAUCACUAGGAAAUUAUGUUGCGGUGGGUAACAUGACCCCGAUUAUUGAUGUUUGGGACCUUGAUAUAGUGGAAUCCUUAGAACCAGUCUUUUCUCUUGGAGACAAGAAAGAAAAAAAGAAGAAAAAGAAAGGAAAGAAAACACAGAGUUUAUCUUCAGAAGGGACAGCAAAAGGACAUACUGAUGCUGUGCUUGACCUCUCGUGGAAUAAACAAAGCAGGAAUGUUUUAGCAAGUGCAUCUGCUGACAAUACUGUGAUUUUGUGGGACAUGUCUGUGGGAAAGCCAGCAGCCAGCCUGACACUACAUACAGACAAGGUCCAGACAUUGCAAUUUCAUCCGUUUGAAACUCAGACCCUUAUUUCUGGAUCUUACGAUAAAUCAGCUGUGCUGUACGAUUGCAGAAGCCCACAAGAUAACCAUCGAACGUGGCGGUUUAGUGGUCAGGUUGAAAGAGUCACCUGGAAUCAUUUUUCACCUUGUAAUUUCUUAGCAAGCACAGAGGACGGCUUUGUGUACUGUCUGGAUGCUCGUUCUGAUAAGCCACUGUUUACUCUGAAAGCUCACGAUGAAGAGGUGUCAGGGCUACAACUAAGCAGUCAGAUCAAAGGGUGCCUUGUGACAUCAUCUGCUGACAAAUCCGUGAAAAUCUGGGAUAUCCUGGGAGACAGACCAAGCUUAAUCCAUUCCAGGGCUAUGAAAAUGGGUGUUCUGUUCUGUGCAGCUUGCUGCCCCGACUUCCCCUUUGUUUUUGCCUUUGGAGGAGAGCGGGAAGGGCUGCGUGUCUGGGAUAUAAGCAAGAUCUCUGCAGUGAACGAGGCUUUUGGGAACAGAGAGAGACACGUUCUGGCAAGCGCCAGCUCCGCGCCUGGCAGCUCCACGGCCGGCAGCAGCAGCAACGAUCUGGAGACAGCAAUGGAAUCAUGAUGGAUCAAACAUCACAAAAUCCAAGUCAUUAAUGGGACUUCAACUCAUGUGUAUUCUACGAAUGCCCCUGUUUGGUAAGAGUUCAUAGAAAUUACUUGAGUGUCUUGCAAUCUGCAGGCUUCUUCAUCUCAGACAAAGAAACCCGGUGAUGUGGUUAAGCUCUAAGUCAGCAGUUCCAAGUUCCUGCCUCUAUUACCAGCUUUGAAAGAUGAAAUCACUUGCUUUUGCCUGAGGUUAGAAAGAGGGGCUACUAUGUGUAACAUUGAAACAGUCACUAGAAAAGCAUCCUGCUGCUACCAGAAGUUUGUUGAAUGCUGCAGAGAAGGUAAAUAUCUUCUAAGGGCAUCAGGAAAAAUACUUCAGACAGCAGUUGUGUAAUAAAUAAACAAAAGCUGAAUGAAAUGACAAGUGUAAAUAGGUAAUUUAUCCUUAAUUUGAGGCUAGAUUUACAGAUUUCUAAUACAGAUUUUAAAAGUUCUUCUAUGUAACUUUUUAAAAUAUUAAGAAUAUUUCUUGGGCGCUAAGUUGGAAUCUCUGAGUAGAAUCCUGAAGGGUAUUUGUAACACCUCAGCUCACCAAUAUCAAGCCAGAAAUAUCCCAGCUCUACCCCAUCAAGAGUUUUUUCCCUGGUUCCACUGCACCUGAAGCUUAUUGAUGUUGCAUGUGUAUUGGGUUUUUCUUCAAGCUCCAAAUGUAAUAUAUAUUAAGAUAAUUUGGGCUGAAGUAAGGAAAUACUACUCAGAAGAGGAUGAGAGGCUGUCAGGACACAAAGUGAGGGAAGGGAUCUCAGCUGGUCACUGUCACUGGUGAAGGCUGUCCAUGUUACAUGUUCAUGUUCUUAACUCCUCCCAGGCAUUUCUGCCUGAAACUUGAAGGCACAGAGCAACACUUUGGGUAUCAGCUUCACCACUGACUUAAACACUUCUUUUAAAGCCUCAGGAACCUAGUCAAGGAACGUGACUCAAUUGCCCCACAUUUAAAAUGAACACCCAAGUGCCUUACCCUAGGCCAGAAGUUAAAUGGUACUCAUCCUGUGGAGCGCAGGGAAGGUGGACAGACACUGGAAGGGUUUAAAAAUGCCCUGGGAACAAAAGCAACUGGUAUCAAAGCAGCUGUAGUGUCAGUGCUUGAAGUAGAUGAGAUUUUAGCACUGCUUUCCACCCUAGUGCACUGUAACUCAUUCAGUGAGGUAAAGCAGAUGUACGAUAUCACUUCAAACUGCAGGUGGGGGAAAGGCAGGGCUGUAGGUUUCUUUCCCAUCCCUUAAAGCAAGUGGCUGCUUCUAAAUCCUCUUCAGCUGUUUCUAGUCUGGUGAGACAGGUGCUUCACAUAGUGCUGCAGGAACCAAGAAUGUUUCGAAUGUGUUGGGAUUCCUGCCUCAAUCCUUUCUCUGCCAAGCAGUGGUGAACAACAUGGACAACAAAUGAACAACUGCUUUUUUUGAAGCUUAAGAACCUCUGUUCAAGUACUCUCCACUGAAAAGCUGCAAUUUUUUUCAAAGCUUUAAUUUGAAAUAAAUGCUUCAUGUUAAGCUCUCUGAA